GCUACUGCAACUCAAACUUUAUGUACGACCGCAGAUCCUUUCUCCCUCUCCAUCUGCUCGCUGAGGAAGCAAAUUAUCUCGGUUUAGAAGGUUGAAAGUUUCACACUGUUGCACGGAACUUGUUACUUUGUAAAAGAGGAAACUUGGAAGAAGCAGCAACUUUUGUUGCAAAUAAUUGACACAUUUUUACAUUUGCAAAACAAAGGACCAUGACUCAAUUCAACAAGGGACCAGUGUACGGGUUGACUGCAGAAUUGAGAAGCAAGAUCGCAGGGAAGUAUGACCUGCAGAAGGAGGAGGAGCUCCGGUUUUGGAUUGAGGAGGUGACGGGCAUGCCCAUUGGAGAGAACUUCCAGAAAGGCCUUAAGGACGGAGUCAUCCUCUGCGAGCUGAUAAACAAACUGCAGCCUGGUUCCAUCAAGAAAAUCAACCACUCCAAACUCAACUGGCACAAGCUGGAAAAUCUGGGGAAUUUCAUCCGAGCCAUUCUGAAGUUUGGCCUUUGUCCCAACGAUAUCUUUGAGGCCAACGACCUGUUUGAGAAUGGAAACAUGACCCAAGUCCAGAGCACACUGCUGUCCCUGGCUGGUGUGGCGAAAACCAAAGGUUCAAACUCCAACUGUGACCUCGGUGUGAAGUACGCGGACAAGAGGACGCGCCAUUUCGACGAGGAGAAAAUGAAGGCUGGACAAUGUGUCAUUGGACUGCAGAUGGGGACAAAUAAAUGUGCCAGCCAGUCUGGUAUGACAGCGUACGGGACCAGGAGACACUUAUACGACCCAAAGUCACAGACGGACAAGCCCUACGACCAGACUACCAUCAGUCUGCAGAUGGGAACCAACAAAGGAGCCAGCCAGGCUGGCAUGUCGGCGCCGGGUACCCGCCGUGACAUCUACGACCAGAAGUCGGCAGGACAGACAGCAGACAGCUCCACCAUCUCCCUGCAGAUGGGCACCAACAAGGUGGCAUCCCAGAAGGGAAUGAGCAGCUACGGCCUGGGCAGGCAGAUCUACGACCCCAAGUACUGCACCUCCCCCACGGAGCCCACGUCUCCCGUUACCCUCGGCAACAAUGCCGGUAGCCAUGGCAACGGGAGCCUGGGAACAGGGACCAAUGGAUCGGAGAUUAGUGACAGCGACUACCAGGCGGAGUACCAGUAUCACCAUGACGAUGAAGAGGAGUACCGGGGUGGGUACCAACAGCAGUACAGCGGGCACUAUGACGAGGACCAGGGCAUCGACUAUUAGACUGACUGUGUGUCAAAUGGCACACUAUUCCCCUCUAUAGGGUGUCAUUUCAUAUUUUCCCGAUUGACUCUGUGUGCCCCAUUUUGGCAGCUAAAAAAAUGUGCGCUUGUUUUGACAACAGCGCUUUUUUUUUUGCGUUGUCAAAAAGUCACCCUGUGUAGUAGUAGUCCCAGUUGGGAUAAGUGUAACACAGUGUGUCUGGGAAUAUGUGACGUUAUAGUGGCAUUCUACCGGAAUUGGAGUGGAGUAACAUGUCCAAGUCCCUUUAUGGAUCAUAUGAACCAUAGGCCUAUAUAUUUAGUUUGAUACAGUUUUGUGGGACCACUUAUGAUGACGUUUUUUAAACUGAUGCAAAUUGUGUUACUCUGGUAUAACUGUAAUAGAAAGAGUGUGAGAGAGAUUGAUUUUGUUAUCAACAGAACAAUAAUUUUACUAUCCUUACUAGCUUUUUUAAAAACAAAUGUUUUUUGCCCUAUACAGUUGAAGUCAGAAGUUUACAUACACUUUGGUUGGAGUCAUUAAAACUCGUUUUUCAACCACUCCACAAAUUUCUUGUUAACAAACUAUAGUUUUGGCAAGUUGGUUAGGACAUCUACUUUGUGCAUGACACAAGUAAUUUUUCCAACAAUUUUUUACAGACAGAUUAUUUCACUUAUAAUUCAUUGCAUCACAAUUCCAGUGGGUCAGAAGUUUACAUACACUAAGUUGACUGUACCAUUAAACAGCUUGGAAAAUUCCAGAAAAUGAUAUCAUGGCUUUAGAAGCUUCUGAUAGGCUAAUUGACAUCAUUUGAGUCAAUUGGAGGUGUACCUGUGGAUGUAUUUCAAGGCCUACCUUCAAACUCAGUGCCUCUUUGCUUGACAUCAUGGGAAAAUCAAAAGAAAUCAGCCUAGACCUCAGAACAAAAAUUGUAGACCUCAACAAGUCUGGUUCAUCCUUGGGAGCAAUUUCCAAAUGUCUGAAGGUACCACGUUCAUCUGUACAAACAAUAGUGCGCAAGUAUAAACACCAUGUGACCACAUAGCCGUCAUACUGCUCAGGAAGGAGUUCUGUCUCCUGGAGAUGAACGUACUUUGGUGCAAAAAGUACAAAUCAAUCCCAGAACAACAGCAAAUGACCUUGUGAAGAUGCUGGAGGAAACAGGUACAAAAGUGUCUAUAUCCACAGUAAAACGAGUCCUAUAUCGACAUAACCUGAAAGGCCGCUCAGCAAGGAAGAAGCCACUGCUCCAAAACCGCCAUAAAAAGCCAGACUGCAGUUUGCAACUGCACAUGGGGACAAAGAUCAUACUUUUUGGAGAAAUGUUCUCUGGUCUGAUGAAACAAAAAUAGAACUGUUUGGCCAUAAUGACCAUUGUUAUGUUUGGAGGAAAAAGGGGGAGGCUUGCAAGCCAAAGAACACCAUCCCAACCGGCUGGCAGCAUCAUGUUGUGGAGGUGCUUUGCUGCAGGAGGGACUGGUGCACUUCACAAAAUAGAUGGCAUCAUGAGGAAAGAAAAUUAUGUGGAUAUAUUGAAGCAACAUCUCAAGACAUCAGUCAGGAAGUUGAAGGUUGGUCGCAAAUGGGUCUUCCAAAUGGACAAUGACCCCAAGCAUACUUCCAAAGUUGUGGCACAAUGGCUUAAGGACAACAAAGUCGAGGUAUUGGAGUGGCCGUCACAAAGCCCUGACCUCAAUCCUAUAGAAAAUAUGUGGGCAGAACUGAAAAAGCGUGUGCGAGCAAGGAGGCCUACAAACCUGAAUCGGUUACACCAGCUCUGUCAGGAGGAAUGGGCCAAACUUAUUGUGGGAAGCUUGUGGAAGGCUACCCAAAACGUUUGACCCAAGUUAAACAAUUUCAAGGCAAUGCUACCAAAUACUAAUUGAGUGUAUGUAAACUUCUGAGCCACUGGGAAUGUGAUGAAAGAAAUAAAAGCUGAAAUAAAUCAUUCUCUCUACUAUUAUUCUGACAUUUCACAUUCUUAAAAUAAAGUGGUGAUCCUAACGGACCUAAGACAGGGAAUCUUUCUGUAACGAUUCUCUAGCUCUUCCUCCUCCUCGGACGAGGAGAGGCGAGACGGGUCGGACCAAUAAGCAGAGUGAUUAGUGUCCAUGAUUAUUUAUUAAAACGAAACUGAACACGAAACAAAAGAACACCAUGAAACAAUCGACAAACAGUCCCGUGUGGCACGAAUGCAGACACGCGAUACAACCACCCACAAAACACACGUGAAACCCCGGCUGCCUUAGUAUGAUUCUCAAUCAGAGACAAACGAUCUACAGCUGCCUCUGACUGAGAAUCAUACCAGGCCGAACACAAAAACCCCAACAUAGAAAAACACACAUAGACCAACCCACCCAACUCACGCCCUGACCAACUAAAUAAAUACAAGAAAAAAGGAAAACAGGUCAGGAACGUGACACUUUCCUAGGAUUAAAUGUCAGGAAUUGUGAAAACUCAGUUUAAAUGUAUUUGGCUAAGGUGUAUGUAAACUUCCCACUUCAACUGUAAGUGAAAUGUUGCCUUAUCUUUCUUGCAUUCCUUUUAAACUCUCAUUAGAAUGUCCAUAUUUUUCGACCAAUCAGAAUAAUGUCAAGAAUGUGCCAUGUCCUUUUCUGUUUCAUGGGUUUUGUAGUUAUGGGUUUUGUAGUAACUCAACUAGGAAGUUCUGUGAAAGAAGCAUUCCAUCACAUCAUGUUUCCUUACUUCCUUCCUCCUUGUUUUCAAUAUACUCUACUGUUUGUCCUCUAUUUCCUCUCCUUCAAAUUAAAACCACAAGUCUACUGCUCAGUGGUGAUUUUUGGUAAGAGACUUACACUGAGUGUACAAAACAUUAGGAACACCUGCUCUUUCCAUGACAGACUGACCAGGUGAAUCCAGGUGAAAGCUAUAAUCCCUUAUUGAUGUCACUUGUUAAAUCCACUUCAAUCAGUGUAAAUGAAGGGGAGGAGAUGGUUAAAGAAGGAUUUUUAAGCCUUGAUACAAUUGAGACAUGGGUUGUGUAUGUGUGUCAUUCAGAGGGUGAAUGGGCAGACAAAAGAGUUAAGUGUGAUAGGUACCAGGCGCACAGGUUUUUUGUCAAGAACUGUCUCACUCAACAGUUUCCCGUGUGUAUCAAGAAUGGUCCACCACCCAAAGGACAUCCAGCCAACUUGACACUACCGUGGGCAGCAUUGGGGUAAACAUGGGCCAGCAUCCCUGUGGAACGCUUUCGACACCUUGUAGAGGCAAUGCCUCAACGAAUUGAGGCUGUUCUGAGGGCAAAAGGGGGUGAAACUCAGUAUUAGGAAGGUGUUCCUAAUGUUUUGUACACUCAGUGUACAUUUUCUAUGUCCAUUCUGAGUAAUCAAGCAAUCAUAUUUUAGAGAAGGUUGGCAGGAGAAAAGAUAAAUGGUUGAAGUUAAGAUGUUUAUGACUGUCUAGUCCCAGUUUGACUUGAAAGCACUGGAAUAUUUUUGUAGUUCUGUUUGUAGUUUUUCUGCCUCUUGAACCUAUUACUGCAGUGGGCUAAAUCAGGGUCACAGUGUUUCUUGGUAGUCUUAAACAAAUCUACUUUGAAACAAAAGUAUACACCUCACACACAUGGUUGUGGGCUUAAAAAAAGAAGACACCUGUACCAUGUCAGAUAUAGAGUUGAAAUGUAUUCCAAACGCCCAAAAUUACACUUUAUGUACAUCACAGAAGACCGAACUAUAAGAGAACCAUUUCAGCGUUUGAAAAGUCAUGCUUAUUAAUUAUGAAAAAUAUGAAUAACAUUGGACCCAUGAGGGCAUUAGAGGUGCUUUGGUCAUUCGACUGCAAGAAAGGCUUUUUAAUACUCUUAGAAGAGAAUCUCAAAUGUUAGUUUCUGUCACAUGACCAAACUUAUGGAUUUUUAAUUGUUAUUUUAUAUCCUGUUGAUUCCUUGUGCCAUAAUGCCCCCUUUCUGUGUGUAGAGCCCCAUCCACUGAUGUGGUAUUUAUUGCCAUUUGUCCCUAUAUAGAUAUUUCUUCUAUUGUUUUGAUUCUUUUGUACCAAUAAAUGUUUGUUUCAUAAAGUCUUA